CGAUAUUGACGAAUCGGAAAUCGGCCGAUGGCCCCCGAAGGAUGCGGCUGGUCAAGUUCCCCUUCCACCCCCUGUGGCUGACAUGGAGGAGGGGUGGUACCAAGCAGCCAACCACACACUCACAGAGAGAGCAGCGUCCACACAUCACACGUGAAAUGGCUCACCCGUGCAGGUACGAGGCGCCCUACAACUAUUACAAGACCAUCCCCGACUAUCUGCCACGGAUGCGGGUUCGGGGGAAGCCCAAGUAUGAUCAGCUUGCUCCAGGCUAUUUCUUCAUGUCAAACAAGUAAACUGAGACGACACAAACCGCGUGGGCUGGCUGGUGGAUGUAUGAUGAUCCGUGGUGGAUGUUGCAGCAUCUUCGACACGGAACCCUUUGGCCACGUGUGGCACCCAGCAGUGAUGGUUGUGGACAACCAUGGCGAUCUUGUCUAUCACGAGUACCUGGGACAGCAGAACGCGACGCGGGGAAAUGGUGCAAGCGUCAUUGAAAUGUCGCCGAAGAUGGGGCUGCUGGUGCAAAGAAUGGGCGGGCUGCUCGAGAAAGACCAACACUUCAACUUCGAGCGACGGCAUCAUCCCGAACAUGGUCAGUGAAAGAUCUAAUAUACGUCAAGACCAAGAGAGACCUCCCUGCGCUUUUUUCUCUCCCUUUGUCAGGCUAUCACUGGGACCCACAUGACAUGCGGAUGAACAAGGAGGGCAAUCGGGUCUUUACCAUCGACGACCCGCAGCCCAUCAAUGUGAAGGGCAUGUGGGAGGGCGCCCCAGACACCGCAGUCAAAAUCGUGGGUGCGGUCGUCCAGGAGAUCGACCGUCACAACAACGUUGUUAUGGAAUUUCGCUCGUGGGACCACUUCGAGCUGCCCUGGCUCAUCAAGCAGUCAGAUUCCCCAUUUGACGAUACGCAGAAUGAGGAGGAAUGGGACCUGAUUCAUCAGUAAGCGCUUUGAACCAGUCAGGCAACACACAUUAAUCGUGCAUUCCCUCAUGUCGGUCUUGUGCUGUGUGGGAAAAUGCGCAUUCAGGAACUCGGCGGAUUUCACGGACGACUACAGCAUCGUCAUCAGCUGGAGGCAUCUGAGUGGCGUGCUGAAGGUCGACAGGGAGACCGGCGAUGUUGUGUGGCGGCUGGGGGGCACCCAGGCCUUCAACCAGUUCAAUUUUACCCAAGACACCGUUCCCAAUGGCGGUAAGUUAGGACGCCCUGGGGGCUUGCGUGGAAAUCAGAGAUCGUGUUAUUAUCUCUGUUGAUGGUGGGUAUUCCUGCAGAGAGCGCAAGGGCAUCGUUCUCUUGGCAGCAUGACGCAUCGCUCAAGGGCAACAGGCUGACCGUCUUCGAUAAUAGCAACCCGUCCGCAGCGUAAGCAGCGCAUCUCAAAACUGAGAGAACCCCGCCAUAUCUCAUCGGUCAUGCGUUUUCGAUACUGACAGAGCUGACACACGGUUUGCGUCACGGGCAAUUGAGUACCGGCUUGAUCAGCAAAAGUCAAUUGCCGAAAGGGUCUUCUCCUACAGCGGCCCCAGACGUGCUGAUGGCAGCCUCAAGUACCGCUAUGUCUCGCGGUGCCACGGGAGCUUUCAGAAGACCGACAAGGGCACCGGCGUCAUCGGCUGGGGGGGGAUGCACUUUACCGGCCACCUGCCUGUUGUCGAGGAGGUCUCUGUCGACGGCGAGCUGCUGCUAUCGUUCGACUGGAUGAGCGGCGCCAACUCGUACAGGGCGAGGAAAUACGAGUGGCGGAACGUCACACCGCACUGGCGCCCGAUGCUGCUGCUCAUCGACCAGGUGCUCUACUACAGCUGGAACGGCUCCACCGACGUGGCUGCGUGGCGCAUCGAGGCGGCAGAGGGGCCCGGCAAGCCAUUCACCCGAGUGACGAAACACAAGCGGACCAGAUUCGAGCACUCGGUCGCUCUGACCAAGACGGCCUUGAAGCGUGGCGGCCGUUGCAUGGUGUACCGGGCGAUUGCCAUGGGGAAGGACGGCAAGCAGCUCGGGGCGAGCGAUGGUGUGCACACAGCCGAGUGCGGUGACACCGGUGGCAAGAAGGGCACCGUGCGAACCUAAGGGAAGGGGUCUCUGUCUCGGUAGCGUUUG